CCUCGUUCAAUCUCUGUAGAACUCGCUUCAAGAUGCCUCACGCCGCACCCUCUCGCGUGCCUCCCACAGCGACCUCCGACCUAGAAGCCGGGGCGGUCCUCAAACUUGGCGAAUUUCAAAAUGAAGUCACCUUGAACCUCUCGGAAGCACGAAUCAUUCUACAAAAGACCCUCGCGACGAGAGCUGCACGAGGUGGUGGCUUCGAAGAGACCGAGACAACAGCGAAGACCCGCGACUAUCUGGAGAUCUUUGCCGUCUUCAAAGACCUCGCCGAGGCUCAACAAGUCGAAGGAAUUAUCAACUCGUACGGUGAAAAUCUGGAACGUUUCGAAAAGAGUCAGCUGGGAAGUCUUGUGCCGACAUGUUCCGACGAGGCGAAAGCCCUGAUUCCAAGUCUGGAGAGAAAAGUUGAAGAAGGCAUCGUCAAUGAGGAAGAGCUGGAAGGCAUUUGCAGAGAACUGCAAAGAUUGAAGAGACAGGCACAACUAUGAGACAAUGAUGACAUUACGGGUUAUGGGCUUUGAGCCACCUCUACGCCGUUCACAUUACAAUGAUGAGAAGACAUUCAUGCGGGAAGUGGGUUGGGAAUACCAACACCAAUACCAAUCGCGUCUCAUAAUGCGCAGGGUCGAUAAUCGACGUCAGCUCUAGCGACGAUUCUUCCACCCUCCUGCGAAACAGCGGUCGGUCCGUAUCUACGGCCUAAGCAAAUGCACCUUGAGCUGCAUGCGGCAGUUGCAUCACCUUACAGGCAAGCUGGAUCGUCCUGGAUAGCAUCUCCCGCCUGUCGCACUCGAGAUAUGGACCCCCUGAUUAGGAGGCUGAAAACCAAAGCAGGCCUGUCUGGUUCAAAACUCACGAACUGCCACCGCCUGAGCUUGUUCUCACCUAUGUCAGUAUCAGACUAGUGUUCUGGCUUCGCACUUUGGAUACUUCGUUCAAAUUUCCUGGCGCAUGGCAUGAUCAAGCACUACAACUCGAACUGCAUUCGAGCGAGAAUGAAUGAUGAACGAAUGUUGAAGACA